UGAGGUAGAUAUAUUUAUGGCGGGUCGAAAGAACACUUUAUAUAAUUAGAGAACAAUGGCCAUACUAUAGCAUCACGGGCCACGCAGGAGAGUGCUAACAAAUGAUCAGACUAGCAAAGUGGUUCCGUACAAUUACCAAGACCGCGUUCAGCAAAAAGUACCUCCUACUGACAAAUGUAGGCAUAUCGGUCAGCUUGUCCGGUGUCGGUGAUAUAAUCGAGCAGCACUAUGAAAUCUACACCGAUCAGCUGGCCGCUUGGGACCGCCAGCGGACCCGCUUUAUGUCCAUCUCCGGGAUGACGGUGGGUGUGUUCUGCCACAGCUGGUACAACUUCAUGGACCGACGAUUUCCCGGACGUACCGUGGGGCUGGUACUAAAGAAGGUGCUUAUCGAUCAAACGGUUGCCUCGCCAAUUGUGAUAUUCUUGUUCUUCGCCACGCUGGCCGCCCUGAAGCGUUCCUCGUGGGAGGAGAUGAGUCACGAGGUGCGGGAAAAGUUCAUUCGGUUGUAUACGGCAGAAUGGGUCGUGUGGCCUCCAGCACAGAUCGUCAAUUUUUACUUUCUGCCCACCAAAUAUCGUGUGCUGUACGAUAACACCAUCUCGCUCGGCUACGACGUCUAUACGAGCUAUGUUAUCAACGACGAAAUUCCAUCCGAGAAACUCGAGAUGGGAGACAGCUGAACUAGUCAACGGAC